AUGGGGAACGACAUAUACACGUCUGUCCCGCUGGACGACGGUCCCGAGGGCUAUGCGCUGGGCGCAGCUAACAAGCGGCAGAGGUCAUCGCGGCUGGAGACGGUCAAGAGGGUGGCCUUUAUUUCUAUCCUGGCAGUCGUGGUAUUCUUGCUGGGCUUCGGCGCUGGAGACCGCUACGGGAAGGCGGCCAAGUCCACGGCCACGGCCACGGCCACGGUGUCGGUCGGCGAGCAGGAGGCCGCUGUGACGGGUGGUGAGAGUGUUAGCGGUGGUGCAUUGUUGCCGCCACAGGCGUUCGUGCCGGACUUCCCAAUGAAGGGGGUCAAGUUUGACUUCCCUACCGAGUAUGAGGACACGAGUGUCGAGGGGGAUAAGCUUUGGGACAAAUUAAUGCCCCUCGGAUCUGGCUUCGUGCGCGUCCCAUAUCCAAGACGUUUCGAUAUGCCCGCCAGCAAGGCCAUUGAGGACGACCCAGAGGAGGCUGAGAUCUACUCCCUCUCAGCACUGCAUCAACUCCAUUGUCUGGGCGUCAUCAGAGACGUGGUAAAAAAGUACGAGAAGCAUGAUAAGUCGCGUUUCGCUGGGGCGGGUCACGAGUACCAUUGCAUCGACUAUAUCAGACAGAGCAUAAUGUGCUCUGCGGAUACAACGCUCGACUUUGCGGAGCUCCAGCCGGACGGGAGAAGGAAAGGCUUCUCAGGCGCAAACUCGACGCAUCAGUGCAGGGACUGGGAUGCUGUGGCAGCAUGGGCGGUUGAGAAUCGCGCUGGUGAUAAGGCCGGGAUUGCGUGA